CUAAACGACGCGGCGGCGCGCCUGCGCGUUCCUUCAGUGCUAGGAAAGUUUUCAAGGCAAAUUGAGCGGAGCAGAGUGGAACACUUCAAACUGCGGAGCAGCACAAUGCAUUGGCUUGAGUACGGAGGCGUCAAGCAACAGGACGGAUUAAAACAAUACGGUUUUCAUUGAAGUUUACAACAAGAAAGAAGGAAUUGUAAAUUAACUUUGGGAAGUUGGAUAUCGCAUCAUAACGCGCUAUUGGAGGGACUGACUGAGACUUGCACCACUGUGAGAAGAGAACAGAGAGUGGACACCUUGGUUGAGUAGAGACUGUACUCGCUCGUUGGGAAGCACCCUAACAAGCUUUAAAGCUACACCCUAACUAGCCCCUAUAUCCUACAUUUCAAUAUCCAUCCAUCUAUGUUGAACUCUGGCUAUCAGCAAUGCUAGACCACAACCAGUCCCAGUCCUAAACCCUAGUUGAGCCCUAUCCUAACUCCCAACUAGCCUCCAUGCUCUUCAACCAGUCAUAAACCCUAGUUGAGCCCUAUCCUAACUCCCAACUAGCCUCCAUGCUCCUCAACCAGUCCUAAACCCUAGUUGAGCCCUAUCCUAACUCCCAACUAGCCUCCAUGCUCCUCAACCAGUCCUAAAUCCUAGUUGAGCCCUAUUAACUCCCAAUUAGCCUCUAUGCUCUUCAAUCAGUCCUAAACCCUAGUUGAGCCCUAUCCUAACUCCCAAUUAGCCUCUAUGCUUAUUAACCUCACCGUGUCCGUCAAGGAGUCCCGUGCCUUUCAUGGAACGCCAUCCGCCAGCGCCCGCGGUGUUGCGCCUCUCGUCUUGGAAGUGACAGCCAUGAAUACCCUCCCUCUCCUUCCUGGUGCUAAACCUGUUCCCGUACCCCUCAUCCCUGCUCCUCCUCCUCCUCCCCCGCCUCCUCCUCCCCUGCCUCCCUCCUCUCCUCUGACCCGUAUGGACUCGGCCCGUCGCAGCCGGCUGAGGAAACUGAACUGGGAGCAGAUCCCUAAGGAGAAGGUGGAGGGGAGGAAGAGUGUCUGGAGUGGAACGGCUACGGAGGAGGAAGAGUUCCUUAUAGAUCUCCCCUCUCUGGAUGAGCUGUUUGGACAGAAGGACAGUAAACCUCAGGACAGAGCCGGGAGUUUAAGACGCAGGUCUGUGCUGAUGCGAUGCAGUUCACGCCAGGACAACACCACGGAUAAGGUCUCACUACUGGACUCCAAACGCAGUAUGAAUGUGGGAAUAUUUCUACGACAGUUUAAGACGGCUGUCCAGGAGAUAGUUGAGGAUAUCCGUCAGGGGGUCGGGACCCGCUACGGGGCCGAGAAACUGUCUGAGCUCUGCAAACUGCUGCCUGACGCAGACGAGGAGGCUCGCCUGAAGAGGUUCAAGGCAGAACGCAGUGGGCUUGGGGAGUCUGACCUCUUCAUGAUUCUGCUAGUGGACGUCCCCAGCUUUCGCCUGCGUCUGGACACCAUGAUCCUGCAGGAGGAGUUUGACCCUGCCGUGACCUCUCUCUGUCUGGCAGCCAGAUGUCUGAGGGAGGCGGCCAGAGAGCUGUUGAGCUGUCCUGAGCUGCACUCCAUCCUCCGUCUGGUUCUGAAGGCAGGAAACUACAUGAACGCUGGUGGGUAUGCCGGCAACGCAGCAGGGUUCCGAAUCCCAUCCCUGCUCAAGCUGGCCGACACUAAAGCCAACAAGCCAGGCAUGAACCUCCUGCACUUCGUGGCCAUGGAAGCAGUGAAAAAGGACCAGAGUUUACUGUCGUUUCCUGGCCAACUAGGACACGUCGGCCCCGCCUCCAGGUUGUGUGAGGAGUCGGUAGUAGAUGAUUUCUCCAGGCUCCACAGCCGUGUGGCAUCCCUCAGGAUCAGUGUCCAGACGGAGGCAGAGAUCCAGCAGCUCACACGGUCUUUCCUGGAGGUGGCAGAGGACCGUCUGAAGGAAGCAGAGGAUGACGUGGAGGGGAUGAGGAUGUCCAGUCAGGCUCUGGUUGAAUUCUUCUGUGAGGAUGACAGCAUCUUUAAACUGGAGGAGGCCUGCAGGGUCUUCCACUCCUUCUGCCUUCGAUUCCAAAGAGCCGUACAGGAAAAUGCAGAGCGGGAACAGAAGGAGCAGAAACGGAUGGAGCGAGAGAUGGUGGAGAAGCGUCGCUCCGUGGCCGUGUGUACAGGCCUGGACCUGGGUGUGGUUCUGGGUCGGGUGUCCCCACUGGGAACCCAGAAGAACCAGGAUGACCUGGAGAGGACCCUUGAGAACCUGAGCCACACCUGGAGCCAGCGCAGCCUUAGAACCCAGGAGAACCGCAGACACUCCCACUACCUCCAGAACACCACCUCCGCUCCUCUUCAGACAUAUCCCCACCUCAACAACUCCUCCAUCCUCUAUAAUACCUCCAUCCACCCCCAGACCUCCCCAGGGCUUCCCUGCCCCACCUACCCAAGCCAGGAGAGGCCAUCCCUGGGGACAGAGACCAGGACAGAGCCCCUGGUCUAUCAGCACCAACCAGUCCUGGGGACAGAGACCAGGACAGAGCCCCUGGUCCAUCAGCACCAACCAGUCCUGGGGACAGAGACCAGGACAGAGCCCCUAGUCCAUCAGCACCAACCAGUCCGGGGGACAGAGACCAGGACAGAGCCCCUGGUCCAUCAGCACCAACCAGUCCUGGGGACAGAGACCAGGACAGAGCCCCUGGUCCAUCAGCACCAACCAGUCCUGGAGACUAAGAGACCAAAUCAUGAGGGGACAACUCAGACUCAAGUCUCACAAACUCAACAUGAACUGACUUCUAACGUCACUCAAACCCAGUGUGGACGUAGAUUCAAUGUCCCCCAAAACAGGCAGGACAUUAUUGCCUAUGUCACUCAAACCCAACAUGGAAUUGCCACUAACAUCAUUGAAAGCCGACUCGCACCAACGACUCGAGUGACUGAAACUCACCAUGAACCAACAGUUGAUGCCAGCCCUGACCAGCGUGUACUGACCACUAAGUCUAUGGCCAGUCCUUAUAGACACUCCUCCACUACCUCUACUGCCAUCCCCAGUGUGAGAAGAAAUACCAUUGAUCUUAGACACAGGCAUGACCUAGAGGGGACUGACCCUACCCCUGUUUCUCAGGCGAAACGCACAGGCGAAACGCACACCUCAGUCAGAGACGCAGCGCAUCAGGACCCUGACCUCGCUCCUCUCCCAGGGUAUACGGUAACUGAGCAGCCCUUUGAGAGCCAAUCAAAAUCAUCCAUGGCCACUGACACCCCAGACUGUGUCCAAUCGCAGGAGUCUAAGGGAGCCAAGGAGACCUCACAAGGAAGUGGUGGUUCCUUGGACUUGAGGCUUUCACCUGAGGGGGGACCAACCCAGCAGAGGGAAACAGAAUCUCUCUCUACACCAGUGGAGCAGAGAUGGCUGCCUCCCAGCCUACCAGAGCUGAGCCCGCAGCAGGCACAUCAAUGCCCAGAGGUCUGCAGCCCUGACAGGGAAAGGGACCGGUCAUACCCAUGUGUGGGCGAAACCCUGGAGUGCCACACCCUGGUCCGAGGCCUGUGUUCCUAUGACAACCUAUCCCCUCCUCCCACCCCAACCACACCCCUCCCCAAAGCCCCACCCAGCCUCUGCUCCAAGUGGAGGAAAGAGAGGCAGGCGGAGACUCCAGGGUCUGGUGCCGGACCUCCAAUGGGGAAACCGGACUCUUGGAGCGGGGGGAACACUCCUGUUGUCCGAGGAGGGGCUAAGAGGGGCUUGGUACCCCGUACACGUCUGCCUAACGAUACAGGCAUCCAUAGAGCCCUUUUAAUUUCCAAACCAGAGACACAGACACCCACUGGCCCUGUCCCAAAUCCUAAUUUACAGUCUACACCACGUUCCACUCGUCUGGCGUCCCCGUCCGUACGCAGCUCCUCCAUGCGCUCCUCCCCCCAUCACACGUCCUACUACUACCCAGACAGAGGUGAAGCGGAGCAGUAGCACCAGGAGUGAGAGGAGCCAGGCUGGGGGUGAGAACCAGCAGCAGGCCCCAGGGAAACCCACCAUGACCCGCCGGGCAUCAGAGAGAGCUGGGCUGGGGCUUGGACCAGAGAGGGAGAGGACUUCUAGCACCAGCACCACUAGUAGUACAGCUACUACCCAGCCAGCCUUUGUCAGGGGCUCCCCUCAGGGUGACCAAACGUCUCGCCCCCACCUCCAACUCUGAGACCCAACACUCCUCUCAGCCCCGCUCCACACACAGCCCCUCCUCUGCUACAGCUAAAACCAUCCGUACAGCUGUUAUAGCUGCGGCCAGGACUAAAGCGGCCAAGACGAACCCCGGCACAGAGCCCUCUAGAGCUGCUGUCUCUGCCUGUAAAACCCCUACAGCAACACGGAUACCUGGGCCUAAAAUGGACCGUCCUGCUUCCUCGCCCAUGUGGAAGUGAUCAUGGAAGAUCAUACCACUUUUUCAACUUUAUACAGUAGUCUUACUUAUACACAUACACGUACCUAUGUGUGUUUGGGUCCAUUGUACAUGUAUGUGGGAAUCACAAUUCACCAAGUAAUUUAUCAGACCUCUCUGUUCUGGAGGUGGAGGUAGUUGCUGGUCCAUUCAGACUCUAUUCAGCUGGUCCAGAAUCGAUGGGGUGUUUUCACUUCGUUCUCUCUCAUACACUUUCUUGUCUGCUGGGAAGAUGACAAAGGACUGCAACUCCAACAAAAUGGCUGCCACUACACCAGUCUACAGCUGUUCUGUUUUGGGCUGUACUGUCACCGUAGAUAGAAAUGUCUUCGGUUCUACACACCCCCUCCAUCCACUAGUGUCCUGUGCAGUCAAAUGGGGACUUCAGGGAGAGACUACUACCCCCCCCCCCACACACACACACCCAACCUGGACUUUGUCAAGCUCCUGAAAUGUGUGCCUCUGACCUUGUUAAUCUGUAGAAAAUCCUUAAUUUAGGAUUGUGGCACUGCAGCCUCCUCUUGGUUGUCCAACAGAAUCAUUCACAUCUUUUUUUUUUUUAGGGUGUAUGUUGAAAAUGGCAGUUUUUUUUCUUUCAAGUGGUUAAUUUAUUUAACUUUAGUUGUGUCCUAAAUGGCACCCUAUUCCCUAUACAUUGAGUAUACCAAAUAUCCUAAUAUUAAGUUGCAUCCCCCCCUCCCUUUUACCCUCAGAACAGCCUCAAUUUGUCAGGGCGUAGUGCACUACUUUUGACAGGAGUCAAUAGGGCUCUGGUCGAAGGUAGUGUUCCAUGUAGGGAAUAGGAAGCCAGUGGGGACUCCACCACCAUACUUGAUCAGUCCAGCUCCUAUGUGCCAUGUCAUUUCUGAAUCCUCAAUGAUUUGAGUGUGUAGUCUUAGAAGUGUAUUUCUAAAUGAUUAGAUGCAUGGACCAGACUCCUCAGACUGAAUAUAGUGUGACCCUUCUUUCUCUUUCGUUGCUUUCUCACCUCGGGCUAUUUGUUUGCUCAAUCAGCAAUCAAUCAGUAUGAUAUAUCUAAUUGAUUAUUGGUAAUCGAUCGAUUUUUGUUGGUUAUCCUCAUCUUGAAUGUAAUCUUCAUUCUGAUGCACUUUAACAAGUGAAGGGGAGACCUGUUGCUAGGAUACUCACUGUAAUAUUCUACUGCUGAUGUUUAUAUCAAAAAAGAGAUGUUAACUUAAAUUGAACGACAUGAAUUGUGAUCCAUGGCGACAAUGUGUGCAUUUGUAAAAAAAAUAUAAAAUAAAGAUGGUAA